AAUUGAACCACGCUCCUAAAAAAUCACUUUCGUGACCUUGUUCUUAGGCAACUUCUGCUAUGGCAAAGAAAACCAAACAGAGAAAGCAGGCCCGACAGGAUGCAGAGAGGACAUCCAUGAUUAACCAAGAUUCAAACUCUGAGGGCCAGCCACAACGGCCGCUUACUUCUCCUUAUGCAGAAGUUCCGGUCGAGCUAAUUGUUGGCCCUGAAAAAAUAGUGUACUACGUUUCCAGGUACGCAGUGCCUUCUGCUUGGAGCAAGGCCAGCCCUGAAAACCGAUACUAUCUCCCAGAUGUAGACCGAGAAACUGGUCAUACCCUCGUCCACUAUCUUUACAAGGGAGCCUACGAGACGCUCGAGGUCAUAGCGAAUGCUUCACUGUCUGGAGCAUGCGCUGAAUUUGCACAAGCCCUUCUCGUGUACAUGAUGUCGAGCAAAUACAGCGGCCUGAAAGAGCUCCAACGCCUGGCGAUACUCAAGAUGGAAGACAUCGGACAAAGACUGGACAUUUGUGAGGUUCUUGGGGCGAUCAAGAGUCAAUUUACGAAACUUCAGUCGGACAGCUGGGUUCAUGAUUAUGUGUUCAAGAAGGCCAAAACUGCGUUCGCGGAGGAUCGCACUGUCUUCAAGAGCAAUAAUCUUGCUGAAAGCACGGAUAAUGCAUACGAAGGGUUCUUAAUGAGGUGCAUCAUAGAUUCGUACGAUGAGAGAAUUUUUCACAUGGCUGAGACGGAGAGAGUGCUGUUAGAAAAGUUGGAUAAUCACGCACUUGCGUCCCCUGACAAAUUGGUCAAGAACACUCUCUCUGAAGAGAAAGCAGAGGGGCUGGAAGAUUUCAUCCUACCUGAUGUGGAUGACGUGGACGUGAAAGAGUCGCGUGAUCAAGAUGAGCAUGAGCAGUAUAGCAUCUCGACCGGGGACUUCAGUACGAUUGAAUGCUCGUCCUCGGAUUCCGCAGCGAGUGCCUCCACAGAGAGUGUCUCUAUUGAAGAAGCCAUCGUCGAAGAAGCCAUCGUCGAAGAACGUCACAUUCGGCAGCCUUGCCCGCGCCAAGCCGCCCACAUGCUCGAAGAGAAAAGAUGGAAGAAUUGCAAGUCGUGUCGGGCCGUAUUACACAAGGUAGCCAUUCGACUGGCUCAGGCCUCUUGAUUUCCGAGGAUCGAGCAAUCAUUCAUCGCAAAGUGUUCGAGAGAUAGACUCAUCUUGCUAUAUGGAACGGAUGGGACGGUUGAGCAGAGGGCACCCCUUUAGCUGGUGGGUUUCGGUAACCGGCGCCGUAAACAUAUUAU